AUGUCAAACAACGACCUUUUAAUUGAGUUCGAACAUUGCACUUCUGAAUGUUCGUAUAUUUGUGCGAGUGCGAAACUACUCUAUAAUAACUUAAAUGAACCCAUCACUCUUGAACUCGAAAUAAUGUGGUCUACUUUAUUCACGCGUCAAUAUUACGUGCCUUUAAAAUCUGUCAAUGACCUUUUGCAUAGAUAUAUGCGCAAACACGGAAAAUUUCUAAACAAAAAAACGGCAAACUCUUUCCUUCUUUUCAGAGCUCAUUUAUAUGAUAUCAAGAAGAAAUAUCAUGAAUUUAAAAAUUUCAAGCAAAAUGAAAUUUCAAAACUUUCGAAAAUGAUCUGGAGCAACUCAAAGCUUAGACUUCAACCAUAUUUUAAGUCUUUCUAUGAAGAGCUUAAGUUCGCUAUUUUAACUGUUAAAAAUGAAUGUGAAAGUCUGAACGUUAUUCGUGAACGUAUUCCUUUGCCAUACAACAACACAUACCCGUUUAUUCAAAAUCUGGCACAAACUGCAGAUUCUUUUAAUAAUGGUCCUUAUCUAUAUAAUUCUUUUCAUGAGAAUCUGACACAAACU